CCUUCGAUUUCGUACGAACGAUUGAAUUUCAAACAAAAUAUUUUGUUUAAUCAAAUGUUGGCAUGAAAGAAACAACACGUCACGGGAAAAAUUCUCAGCAACAGUAGCCACUCACAUAUGGUUACGUACAUCUGAUUUGUGCGCACGAACACGUAAGACAAAAUUCGCAUGCAAUGUAACCGCAGUCUAGCGCAGCUUGAACGGAAAAUAAUGCGAACACUAUUCUAUAUAUUAAAUGAUUUUAUUAAAUAACAACCCUGUUUAUGCAUUGCGUUUCCAUAAAUUUGUAACUGACAUAAAUUUUGGUAGUUGAUAUAAUGGAUUUAGUCUACGGGGAAGCAUCAGAAUCGGACGAGGAAUUUGGUGUGCCUAGCACUCCUCCCAAGAUAGCAAUAUUAGCAUCUGAAAUAUUGGGUGAAGCAACAGAAUCUGAUGAUGAUAUCUACUACACGUCUGAUUCCACAAUAAAAAGUACCACUGGAAAUAAGUACAACAAUAAUUUGCUUCAGAGAAAACUAAUUGAAAGUAAUAUAACGAUUUGGAAGGAGCUGACAAAUACUAUUAAAGACGAUGUGACUACAGCAUCUGUGCAGCUAUUAAACACAGAGCAAUUAUUAAUAAAAUCACAGGUAUCUAUGCAAGCAGCUUUAACGUACCUCAAACAAUCGCAAGAAAAUGUAAAAGAUUUGCUCGGGAAAUCAAACUUUAUAUUUACAUCAAAUUUUAUAUCACCAAUAGAAAUAUAAAAUACUUUAUACAUCUGCAAAAUUUAAAAGUAAUAAAAACAAAAAGUAUAUUUG